UAAACGCACGUGCGCGAAAGCAGAAGCCAAAAAUUCAUGAUACAGUUAAAACUUUUAUUAAAAGUUGGUUUAAAAAAUAGUUAAGAUCAGACUGAGCAUCGUAAGUAUUCAAAAAUAUGGCCAAGCCAACUUCAAAGUGGAACGAACUAGAUAAACCACCACUCAGUGCUCCAAUCUUGGAAGUGAUCGAUCAACUCGGAUUCGAACGCAUGACUCCGGUUCAGGCAGCCACAAUACCGCUGCUUCUCAACUACAAAGAUGUGGCGGCAGAAGCUGUCACCGGUUCCGGUAAGACGCUGGCCUUCGUUGUUCCGCUGUUGGAAUUGCUCCUGAGACGGCAACGUGACACAGCUUGGAAACGAUUCGAGAUCGGUUCCGUCAUUAUCUCCCCUACUCGGGAACUUGCAACUCAGAUAAGCGACGUUCUGGAUGAGUUCUUGGGUCACGACCAGUUGAGUGGGUUCAGACAGAAGUUGCUGAUAGGCGGUAAUCCGGUUGAGGAAGACAUCGAUGCACUGAGGAAGGAAGGGGCGAAUAUUCUGGUUGCGACACCCGGUCGAUUAAAGGACUUGAUGGAAAAGAAGGGUGAUUUGAAUUUGCCUGCGAAGGUAAAGAGUUUGGAACUGCUGGUGUUGGACGAAGCCGAUCGCUUGCUGGACAUGGGCUUCGAAACAACUGUCAAUACUAUUUUGGGUUAUUUACCACGGCAGAGGCGAACCGGUUUGUUUUCUGCUACACAAACUAAGGAAGUCAAGGAUUUGAUGCGCGCUGGAUUGAGGAAUCCAGUUCUGGUGAGUGUCAAAGAGAAAGCCACUGUAAGCACACCGAAGCUGCUUCAGAAUUAUUACGUCAUCGUUGAACCGGAGUAUAAAUUGGUUGUGCUGCUGAAUUUCAUCCGUAAGCAGGAUGUGAAGAAGGCAAUGAUAUUCUUUCCAACGUGCGCUUGUGUAGAAUAUUGGGGAAUCGCUCUGGCCGAACUUCUUAAAAGCAUGAAGGUUUUGGCUCUACAUGGGAAAAUGAAAUCACAGCGAAAUAGAAUCCUCGCAGAUUUCCGUCAGUCAGAAAAUGCGUUACUUCUAUGCACAGAUUUAUUGGCCAGAGGAGUUGACAUUCCGGAAGUGGAUUGGGUUUUGCAGUGGGAUGCUCCCUCAAACGCGGCUGCUUUCGUGCACCGAGUAGGACGAACAGCUCGACAGGGCAAUCAAGGUAACGCGCUAAUCAUGCUUCUACCUACCGAGGACUCUUAUGUUGAUUUCCUAACACGCAAUCAAAAAGUUUCUCUGAAGAAAGUAACACUAGACCACAAUGAAAAACAGCUCACCAAAACGCUAAGCGUCCUGCAUUGGAUUCAGAAACAAGAUCGAGCUGUCUACGAUAAAGCUAACCGAGCAUUCGUGUCACACGUUCAAGCCUACACCAAGUACGAGUGUAACUUAAUUCUUCGUCUAAAAGAUCUGGACCUCGGCCGGAUAGCCACCAGUUACGGUUUGCUGCAGCUUCCGAAAAUGCCCGAAAUGAAGGAUGCCUUCAAGGCAACCUUCCGAGGUCCACCCGAAUCCCUGGACAUCACCAAGCUCACCUACAAGGACAAACAAAAGCAGGCGUCCUACGACAGCAAGCUGAAAAUAUACCAGGAAACCGGCGAAUGGAAGGGGAAGAAAAAGCUGCUGAAAAAGAAAUCGAUUCCCUGGGAGCUGGCCAAACAAGCCCGGGAGGAACGGAAGGAAAUUCGCAAGAAGCGUCGGGAUCAGAAACAGAAACGGAAGGCCGCUCAGGAAGCAGAAAAUGGCGCGGAUGGCCCUGUUCAACCCAAGAACAAGAAGGCCAAGUUUUCCCGGGAGGAACUCGAAGAGCUGGCCAACGAUAUCCGUUCGUUGAAAAAGUUGAAGAAGAAAAAGAUAACCGAGGAAGAAUGUGACGAUGAACUGGGAAUUGGAAGCGGGUCCGAGGAUGAUGACAGUUAAUGAAAAUAAACUGUUUAAAUUGUUGGCUAGUUCAAAUGAUCACGUCU